CAACCUCAACAUUGCCUUGAGCCUCACCCUCACUCCCACAAUAGCAAAAAGAGGGGCGACCAUGUCUGUUCCGAAAACGAGAUCAGCAUGGCUGGCACUUGCCAUCUCCAGUGGUGCAUGCGCAGCCUUCAACGGCGUGUUUGCGAAGCUUACAACAACAACCCUCACAGCUUCAUGGUCGAGCUCUGUAGCCGUAACUUUCGGUCUCAGUGCUUCCAACAAAGUCGUCGAGUAUGCGAUUCGAGGGCUCUUCUUCGGCAUGAACCUACUCUUCAACGCCAUAAUGUGGGGUCUCUUCACACGGGCUCUUACUCUCGCCUCCUCGACCGUACGGGUCAGCAUAAUCAACACGUCUGCAAAUUUCAUCGUCACCGCUAUCCUUAGUUUCAUCAUCUUUAGCGAGAGUCUCCCCGCAUUGUGGUGGCUCGGUGCAGCAAUGCUCGUAGCUGGGAGCGUAAUUAUUGGUAUGAGAGAAGAGACGGAAAAACAAGGCGUCAUGGCUACAACGGGUGAAGCUCCGCUCCUUGAUCGUGAUGGCGAUGCAAAUACCGAGGAAUUCAGAGACGAUGAUGAAGACCAGGACCGUGUAGAACUGAACAGUGUUAAUAAUGAAGAGGAGGAGAGCAGUGAUGAAGAUGGUGUGUUAAAAUAGAUAGGUAGGCAUAUCACUAUCCCAAUACAUAAGCAUCAUUCGGGGUCUUUUUAUUGGAGCUUGGUGAUUUCAACGGUACGACUCCUCCCACAAUCCAUGAGAAGCUGC